GUGUAUUCUGAAUUGUUAUGAUUUGCACUUCUGGGCCACCGUAAAUGCGCAUGCGCAGAUGUGCAAAGUGCCGGUUAGUUGCACAUCUCGGUAGGUAGCACAAUUUGCGGAAACACUGCAGGCUGAUAUCUUGUUUCGCGCAUUUCAAGCCUGUCUGCCGACCUCUAUAAGAGAUAAACCGGCUCAGAAACGAAAAGCUUUAAAUGUAAUUGUAUUAGUAUCACAUUUAGAGGAGUAAAACUUCAUUAUGCCGCUUUCAAAAUGAAGAGAUAGUAAGGUUUUACGGUUUAAACGGCUGGUUUUCUCCAACCGCUGCUCUUUUGUUUUGACAAAGGAAGAGGACCUGUGUUUCGCUGUUUAAAACCAGUUUAAAUCUGCUGCUGGGACACUUUUUGUUUGGGCCAGUUUUCCAGCAAUGGCUCCACAGAAGCAGAGCUCAUCGGGGGGAAGUCACCCGGCGGGUUUUGGCUCUGGGGGGAAAGCCAACGGGUUGUACCAGGCGUCCUCUUCAGCCAUGGCUACAGCGAAGAAGCCCAACAUGCAGCUCAUUCAAGCCGACCACGAGUUGUUCCUGCAGGCCUUUGAGAAGCCAACCCAAAUCUACAGAUUCCUCCGCACCAGGAACUUGAUCGCUCCCAUAUUCUUGCACAGGACACUCACCUAUAUGUCCCACAGGAACUCAAGGAAUAACAUCAGAAGGAAAAGCUCCAAGGUCGACAAUCUGUUGUUCAAAGUGGAGAAGAUGAGAGGAGAACAGGAGACUCAGAGCUUAGCCUCUAAUCUGCAGCUCACCUUUACUGGCUUCUUUCAUAAAGCAGGGAAGCCGUCUCAGGACAGUGAGAACGAGCAGAACUCUGUGUCCCUGGAGGUGCUGCUGGUCAAAGUGUGUCACAAGAAGAGGAAGGAUGUGAGCUGUCCCGUGAAGCAGGUCCCCGCAGGGAAGAAGCAGGUUCCUCUGAACCCAGACACAAGAGCUGCAGGUCAGGCCAAACCGGGCUCCUUCCCCUCCCUCCUGGUCCCGAGCAGUGAGUUUGAACCCAGUAACUCUCACAUGGUCAAGUCCUACUCGCUGCUCUUCAGAGUAUCAAGGCUGGGAUGCUCCCGGACGCAGAUCAACGGCCUGACCAACGGAGAGCAUCACCACAGCAGAGAUUUUGCAGAGGAAGUGAUUAACAGGAAGAGGAGGAGCUCUUCUAUCAGGGACGAGGGAGAAACCACAUUUGUGGCCCAGAUGACAGUUUUUGAUAAAAACAGACGUCUGCAGCUGUUGGACGGGGAGUACGAGGUGUCUAUGCAAGAGAUGGAGGAGUGUCCGGUCAAUAAGAAGAGGGCGACCUGGGAGACCAUCCUGGACGGGAAGCGUCUGCCUCCGUUUGAGAGUUUCUCUCAGGGUCCAACUCUUCAGUUCACUCUGCGCUGGACCACAGACUCCUCGGAUCACUCCACGGCUCCUGUGGCCAAACCUCUGGCCACCCGCAACUCUGAGACCAACCAGGACAGCAAACCCAGCACCCAGAGAGCCACGCACACUCCAGCUGUUAAAGAAUCAAUAAACCCUGACGUGCAAUCAAGACGAGAACUGAUCUCAGCUGAGCCUCGACAGAAACUACGCAUCUUCUACCAGUUCCAGUACAACCACAACACGAGGCAGCAGACCGAGGCCAGGGACGACCUGCACUGCCCGUGGUGCACGCUGAACUGCAGGAAGCUCUACAGUCUGAUCAAACACCUGAAGCUGUCUCACCCCCGCUUCAUCUUCAACUACGUGCCUCACCCUAAAGGAGCGAAGAUCGAGGUCUCCAUCAACGAGUGUUACGACGGUUCGUACGCAGGGAACCCUCAGGACAUCCACAGCCAGCCGGGCUUCGCCUUCAGCAGGAACGGACCCGUGAAGAGGACGACUGUCACACACGUUCUCACCUGCAGACCUAAGAGGACGAAGCCGAGUCUGUCCGAGUUCCUGGAGUCGGAGGACGGCGAUCAGGAGCAGCCGAGGACGCUCAUCAGCGGACACAACCGCCUCUACUUCCACAGUGACAGCUGCGUCCCGCUGCGGCCGCAGGAGAUGGAGGUGGACAGCGAGGACGAGAGGUACCCCGACUGGCUCAAAGAGAAGACGACAAAGCAAAUCGAGGAGUUCACCGACGUCAACGAGGGGGAGAAGGAGAUCAUGAAGCUGUGGAACCUCCACGUCAUGAAGCGCGGCUGUAUCGCCGAUAACCAGAUGAACGAUGCCUGCCUGGUGUUCGCCGACCUACACGGCGACCACAUCGUCAAAAACAACCUCUGCCGCAACUUCCUGCUGCACCUGGUCAGCAUGCACGACUUCAACCUGAUCAGCACGCUCACCAUCGACCGGGCCAUGGCCAGACUCCGCCUCCUCCGCAGCCAGAGAGACAAAGUCAAGGACAGAGGGGAGGAAGACGAGGAGGAGGAAGAGGAGGAGGAAGAGGACUGGGAGACGGCUGUGGAGUCCCAACCCGAGCUCGAUCCAGAUCCAGAUCUCGAGUAUAAACCUUGGAGUGAGGAGACGAACGACGGCUGCGUGGAGAACGGGAACCAGCGCGGAGGGGAGGAGCAGUCCACAAAGACCCCUGAGCAGGACUUGUGAUGUGGAGGAUCUACAGAACCACACGCAAGGACUCUGUCUUUGCGUGUUGUUUUCUGCAGGAACAAGACCCAGUUGUUUUUACACAUUUACAUCCAAAUGAGGCCCCGGAUGUGUUUAUCGUUUUUACUUUUGCAAGGCCUUUAGAAAAAAUGUGAUGCUCGGUCAUUUUGAUUUUCUUUUCAGAGUCACGUCUCCUCGCCGUUAAAGGUGUUACCUUCCAUUAAGUCCUACCCCCCGAGGUUAUGAUCAACAAGAAGAAGCAGACUAAUCAAAUCCAGCUUUCAAUCCAGGGAACAUUUUUGCAGAUUUAACUCCCGUGUUUUCAAAUCUGAGCUCUGUUUUUCAGCAUGUUGUGAUAUUCUUCGACGAAAGACGUACGACCUCAAAUAAACACUCCUCCAACAGCUCAACACUUGUCUCACAGCCCACUUCUUGGGCACUAUUUUACUCGGCGGAUGAAUCCACAAAAUAAACUACAGUGUGUGUUCGUGGCGAUGUUCUGGGGUCUGACAUUCGGAUCAUGUCUCCGGCAGCCGAUCGCUGCUCCACCAAAGGUUUCUUCAUUUCUGCGUUCACACCAGAUUUAAUCCCAAGACGUCGAUCGCGAUGUCACCAGGUUUUCAGGACUGUUCUCUCGUCUCUGGGUGUUUUGAUGUUCUCUAUGACUCUAACUCGAUGUUGAUAACUGAUCAGGGACUUCUCUGGUUGCUCAAUCUGGUCUCUCCAUCAUCUGGUCUCUGCUGACACACAGGACUCUGCUGCAGUCUCACCCUUCGACCCCCAUCGGAUCACUGGUAUAUAUGGAUUACUUGAUAUUUAUUAUACGGUGCAUUCCUCUUACAACUUGAGCAAAGUCUGCAGGACACACACACACACACACACACACACCUCCACUGCAGGGUUUACUACUGGUGCUACAAAUGUCUCCUCUCUUUGCUGCCAUCAAUGAUGUUCAGAGACAUGUUUCAUUAAGUUACUUUCCUUGACUUCGCCGUUACCACAGAUUGUCUUCGCCCGGUGUUUCUUUUGAUGCUCUUUUGAAAUCAACUAUUCAAGGCUGCAUUUUGAGACGGUUUGAUGAUGCAUCUUUAAUGAAGUUGUGUGUUUAGUUUCUCUCCUUCUGUGUUUUAAGAAGCUGAUUUCAGAAAACGAUGCUCCCAAAAACUCUCCCUGCUCCUCCGUUUAUGAGAAUUUAUGACGAUUGUGAAUCUCUGCAGAUGUGUCGUAUGGAGUUUUUGGCCCUUGCUCUUUGGAAAGAUUAUAUUUCUAUGAAUUAAUCAAUUAGUCCUCAAAAUGUUUAUAAGGGUUGUAUAAAAUGCUCAUCAGUGUCCCAGAGCCCUAAAGAGGCGUCUUUAUCCUGCUUGUUUGGUCCCACCAAAAAGUCCCAAACUACAAAUAUCUUCUUGUACUGUCAUAAAAGAACCGACUCAUUUCUGCAGCUCAAUUUUAAAUAAUUGGAACUGCAAAUUGCACUAAAUGCUACUAAAUCUUAAUAAAGCAGGUUCAUAUCAUU